GUUUUUCUGUUUUUCCAUGGCAGCCACAAGAACCGUGAGCUGCGGUGGUAGCGGAGCGCGAGCGUAUGACGAAUUUUUUUUCAUUCUACCGUCGUGCUUGUGCGUACAAAGGCUGGUGCGAGGCAUGACUCACUUUUGAGCGCCGACUCGGAGACAUCGUGCGCCUCGCAACGUUUUGAAGUUGGAACUUCAUUCCCACAUGGAUAAUAACUUCGCCUGACACACGCUGCCAAGCCAAGCGGCGGUCGGCCAGCGCAGCGAGGACCUUGGCGCCGUGGCCGCGGCCGGGGCGUCGGGCCCCUCGUCCGGUGCGGCCAUGCCUUUUCCGUCGGCGUCGUCGACCUUCAGCCUGGGCAGCUCGAGCUCGGCCGGAAGCGGCGCCCAGGGCCCUUUGCCGGGCCCGAGCCUGUACGAGUUCCUGCUCGAGGCCGAGCUGUCGGGCUACUACGACGCCCUGCGCAACGGCCUCAAGGUCUCCUCGGUCGGGCAGCUCAAGUACGUCGAGGAGGACGACCUGUCCCACCUGGGCAUGAGCAGGCCCGAGCAGCGACGCCUCCGCAAGUACUUCCACAAGUACUUCCCGCAGACCUACCUCCGCAAGAUCAAGCAGAUGAUCCUGCCCAAGACAAAGGACGACGCGGACCAGUCGUCGGUGCUGCUGCUGGACGCGAGCGGGGACCGUAACUCUCAGGUGAAGGUUCCGAGCAAGCACAUCAUCCCCGCCGACAGCAUCGUCAUUAACAAGGAGCUGGGCGUCGGAGAGUUUGGGGUCGUCCAGCAGGGAGUCUGGAACAACGAGGAGGGGGACAGGAUCCAGGUUGCCAUCAAGUGCCUGAGCAAGGACCAGAUGCAGAACAACCCGAUGGAGUUCCUCAAGGAGGCGGCCAUCAUGCACACGAUCGACCACGAACACAUCGUCCGACUCUACGGUGUCGUCCUGGACACCGUGUCCCUCAUGCUCGUGACGGAGCUGGCGCCCUUGCGGUCGCUGCUGGAGUGCCUGAAGGAGAGUGCGCUGCGGCCCAGCUUCCCCGUGAUGGCGCUGUGCGACUUUGCCCUGCAGAUCUGCGACGGCAUGCAGUACCUCGAGAGCAAGCGCCUCAUCCACAGGGACCUGGCCGCACGCAACGUCCUCGUCUUUGCCAAGACCAAGGUGAAGAUCAGCGACUUUGGCCUGUCUCGAGCGCUGGGCGUGGGGAAGGACUACUACCAAACCAACUUCAAUGUGAAUCUCAAGCUUCCCAUUGCCUGGUGUGCGCCCGAAUGCAUCAACUACUUACGGUUCACGUCUGCUUCCGACGUCUGGGCCUACGGCGUGACCCUCUGGGAAAUGUUCAGCUACGGAUUUCAACCGUGGGCCGCCCUGACCGGGCAACAGAUCCUGGAGGCCAUAGACGAGCCCAAUGUGCAGCGGCUGGAGCAGCCCGACUGCUGCCCCAGGGAGUACUAUGCCCUGAUGCUCAAGUGCUGGCAGCACGACCCAAACAAGAGGCCCAAGUUCGCCGAGAUCCUGCAGAUCCUCCCCGAGUGCAAGCCAGAGCAGGUGCAGGCAAUCGCGGAUUGCCCAGACACUUCCACCGGAGGCCCAGUCAAGUUGAAGAAGGACUCCCUCAUCUACCGGACGGGGGACGUCAUCACUGUGCUGGACAAACGGCCGGACGCCUGGUCCCUGUGGAAGGGGGCGACCCCAUCGGGCAAGACGGGGCUGUUCAACCCGGCGGCCACCAUUGCCUACCUGCAGCUGCCCUCGAGCCGGCCGGGCAGCUUCACGCGCUGGGACCCCCGGUCGGGGGCCGGGGCGGCGUAUGCCAGCGGCCGUCGCAGCCGCCUGCGCCCUGAGAUGAUCUCGGGGCCCCAGGGGGACUUGAAGCACACGGGCCACGUGGGGCUGGACGGGGCCUUCUUCGGGGACGUCGCCUUCCUGGGGGACAAGUACGGCCAGCUGCCCAAGCAGGUCGUCAACCCCUAUAAGCCCCAGGAGGAUAAGGACUCCUCCGACUCCUCGGACAUGACUCCACUCCUCAACGGUUCCAGCUCCACGGUGGACGGGAAGAGCGGCCCUGCCCUGGAAACGUGGUCGGACUCGAGCAGCGAGAAGGACCUGACCAAGGAGUUCAUCCUGGACCCUACAGGGCCCCAGGGCCGCAAGGGCGCCAGGGAGGGCCACAAGCCCGACCACGAGUACCACGAGAUCAGCGACGAAGAGCAGAUGGACUCCACCGAGAGCCCCAAGUUUGAGACGCUGGACUUCGGACCGUCGCUCAUGGACGAAGUGUUCCGCGCCCUGGAGACGACGCAGCUCAACUUCGACUUCGAUGGGACCUCGUCCAAGGAGGGCUCCCUCCCGCGCAACGACUCGCCGUCGACCGCGGCGAGGGAGACGCCAGCGCCCCGCUCCUCCGCGCCGGCUGCCUCCCCGGCCAAGAAGCGGCAGCAGGCGACGGUGAAGCCCAUCUCGGCGGCGGAGGAGCAGACGCUGGACACGGCCAUUGCCAUCGCCAAGGAGGUGGCCGCUCGCAGCAUGCAGGAGAUGGACGGCCGCUCAGAGUCGGACACCACCCAGGACAGCCCCCGCACGCCGAGCUCUCCCAACAAGCGCAAGUUCUCCUUCAAGUUCAUGUCGUCAAGCAGCCCCAAGCCGGGCCGCCGCACCUUCUCCGAGGAGGCCGAGGCCAUCCCGGACAUCCAGGACUCCAUCACGGAGGAGGCCAAGGAGGCCUACAGCAGCCUGGUCGAGAGGGCAUGCGACAAAGGGGUGGGGGAGACGGCCCCGCUCGCGACACCUGAGGAUCCGUCGGACUCGGACCCCGGCGCGGACGCCAACCCGCUCCGCCGGUUGCGGAGCGGCGUCCCGGUGCAGCCCAAGGUCCGCGGGAACCGGCACGGGAUCCCGAGCAGCUGCAGGGCCAGCACUCCGCACACCGCAACCGUCGCGAGACUGGCCGCCAACGCGACGAGCGCGUCGCCGUCGGCACGCAACGGCCUGGGGGCGCCCCCGCCUCCGCCGGGCGACGCGGACACGAAUCCUCUGCCGCUCCCGCCGAGGGACCGCAGCCGCGCGGCGACGCAGUCGCUGAAGCACCACCAACGGAAGCACCCGCUGCUGCUGCUGCCUGGCGCGGCGGAGCGGCCGGACGCGUGUUCGGCGACCCAGGAGGCACUCUCUGUCUGCUCGCGGCAGUCAUCGGUCAACGAGAGGGUGGCGGCCGUGGAGGCGAGGGCGGGCCGGGGCAAGGCGGACGACGUGGUGGCGGCCAAGGUGGCGCCUCCCAAGCCAGUGCGGACGUGCAGUCUCGACGACUCCUUCGAGAACCAGAUCCAGGAGGAGAUAGACAGCCUUGACCACCUGACUGACGCGCCCUCCCCCCCGACCAUCUACAAGAACAGCGACCACGUCAGCUGCGAGGACCUCCUCGAGUUCGCGAUGGACAGGCCCAAUGCCAAAAGAACCCAAGGCCCUGCACGUGGCGUCGACUCGGACGAAGUCCGGAUCAUGCAGAAAGUUCUCGCGAAAGAGCGUGUCUCUCCCGAGGAGUGCCUGGUGGCCCUGAGCGAGGUGGACUGGGACGUGCACAAGGCCAUCAAGUGGGUGCGGCUGCAGCUGCACAUGGGCACCGGGCAGGGCCUGGCCCCCGCCGAGGGCAGCACCCGGGCGCUCGAGCACUGCAACUGGAAUGUGGUGCAGGCCGCCUGCUUCCUCAGGACCACCAUUCAGGGCUCCGUGGAUGACACCACCGAGGUCUGACGAAGAGAGUCCGUCCAAGAGAGAGAACGUCCACGGGACGGCGUCGGUUGGAGGAGAGCACGCGGCGAACGAGAAACCUUGCAGCGUGGCCGAAAUUCUAGUAGCGCAAUGUUAUACAAUGCGUAAGCAAAAAGAGAGUCAUUAGUGCAUCUGCAAAAAUACAUAGUUCGGUUCUGAGGCAAAUGAAAUGCAAGCUUUUUCGCAGAAAACCGAAUGUUCACGCUCCACAGUAGCGGCGUUAGAAAUUAUACUAAAUUAUUUUUACACCAUCUAAUCUUUUUUUUUUUUUUGGAAAAUGAGGCUCACAAAUGUUUUGUAACUUGUAGACUCCUGAACUGCCUUUAGGGAACACCAGCCUCACCGGAGAUCAUUUUCUCGGUCGGGACGUUAUUUUCCUUGGAGUGUCCUUUCUGACCGCAGGCAUCGAGUGUUUUCUGCGACAAAUUGUGCAUAGUUUGCCGACGGGCUGGACCUCUGCAAGCUUUGAAGUGGCAGUCGCAAAUUCUUUCUUGGCUCUCAAAAGGGCGAAAAAGGCGGGACAUAUGACGGAUAAGUGUUGGGAGUGCAAUGGUUGUCACCGUGAGUCUUCGUCUUCUCUUCUUAGAUUGCAAAGAUGUGAACAAUGGACUUGGGGCACCGAUUCUUCCUCGGCACGUGGGGUCGCAAAGUCGACCUAGUGCCGCUUUAUGCAUGCACCCUUGUCUCGUAAUGUCUCUUUUCCAAAACUGAGCUGUCAUCUUUUUUGUUCACUGACAAAAGCAAGAUUCAAUGAUUUACCAUCGCGUACUGGCUGCAUACACCCUGCGAUGUGAGAGCUCAACUUGGGCUAACUGACCGGCUAUUUGUCUUUAAUUUGUGGUUAAAGCCUUUUUGUAUUUUGCGAGAAUCUCGGAACUUGCUGUGCAAGGCAAAAACAAAAGAACUGCCAUUCUGGUCGCCUUGUGCCCAUGGAGCGUCGAGACAAUUCCAGAAAGGUGUCUGGUGCCUUUCUUUGGAAGGCAAAUCUUUUCUACCAUCGCAUUGUUUACGAAACAAGCCCACUUCAUUGCUUUUUUUUUUCCACUAGCACAAACAUUUAUAUUACAUAAGCUGGAUGCAAUUCCUGCAUUUGGUCAAAGCGUAACUUCUAAAUGUUUGGGGGGCAAGCCACAAGCAACUAACUGCAUCUAGUGACAGUUUCGGCAACUCUGAAAUCGCCUCAUCUAUGAUGGCAGUGAACAUACCGAAUUGCAGGUGCGUGGUUGCUCCAUACCUUUCGGGAUAGCGCAGCUCGUCCUUUGAUUUCGAGGAUAAGGCAGCCCUCGUGCCACCAUCGUCUCUUCGGCAAUUCCGGUAACAAGGCACAUUGAGCAAACGCGGCGAAAGCGCAUAGUCGCAGUUCCUAUUAUUAUCCCACUUUUCCAGUUUGUUACACUUACAUGCGCAACACAGUUGGCAUAAUCACAAUCUCUGCAGCUAUUCGCAUUUUGCCCGGACGCAGUAUCAACCAAUACAAAAUUCUGCAUCUCAAGUCUGUGCCCCAGAUGGUUCCACCUGCCAGUAAUUUUGACAGCAGCCUUUGUCACUAAAUAAAGACAGGCAAGCCGGCGAUUGUGCCCACCGUGUCACGCUCUGCAGCUACGUGUUGUGGCAGAUGUAAAACUGAAGACAAAGGGGCUGGUAAGAUCUUUAAUGCCGCAGAUUAUUUUUGCUUCAUGCUUUUGGACGACACACUAGGUGCACUCGCAAUGCGUCGUUUUUGCGGCUCUUUUCUCGUUCACGGAGGCUCCGGAAAUCGUCAGUGUUCCAGCGAUAAAAUCAAAAUACAGCACCGGGGAACACCCUCCACCCCCUUUUUUGUCUUGUGUCGUGCGCAACUUUGCUCCACCCCAGCGAUUACGGCAAACAACUUCUUGAGGCGCAUCAUAGUCAGCUCAUGGACAUCACCAAAGUCUUUGCCAGGAGAGCACUUAAACUUAAGGUUGAAAGGCAGGGACAACUCUUACUUUUGUGCCAGCUGAAGAACCCAUAGAGUGUAAAUAUAUUUAUAAAUAGGUCUGUUCUUUUUUUUUUUUUAUAUAAAUGCAUUUGCUGCUCAUGACGCCAGCUCCUUCAUGCCCGGGCCUGAUCUUCUGUACACAUCAAAGUUCUUGCUGAGUGUUUCUUAUACCAAAUGCUCUUGCAAAGUUAUCUUGUUUCAAAAAUGCUUGUACUAGCAGUUACUCCCUUCCCGCUUGUUUUGUAUGUUUGGACCGAACUUGACAAAGUGCACAGCUAAAGUUAAUACUAUCAGCUUUUGUACCUUUGCAGUAUGUCCAACUUGUGUUUAUGUAGAUAGGACAACUUUUUCGUUCAAGAUAUUUUAUAUAACAAAGGUUCGUGUGAAUUCAUGCUUACGGCAGAGCUCGUGUUAGAAUCUCAAGUUUUUUACUGCACUUUAUAGAACAAAUUGUUUACCCGAAUUAACUACCAAGAAGACAGGGUUCAGUUCAGUCAAAAUUGUUUAACUAGGAUGUUUUGCAGUUUUUGGAAUACUGAAUGUGCUUACAACUUGCUAAUGUAUGUCAAUAAAUUCAGUUUGAACCAUGUGA